AUGAUACCAGCAACACAUUCUAGAUCCUGUAAAAGUGAUGGAACAUGGAGUAAUGGCGAACCAGUAUGUAAUGGUGUAAUUUGUGCAAAGCCUGACAGUAUACCUAAUGGAUCAUAUACCCCAGUAAAGGAUGAAUACAGGUAUCCGGAUCCUGUCACAUACAGUUGUAAUGAAAAUUUUACAUUCAUUGGCACAAGCAAUAUAUCAUGUGGAAGUGAUGGAACUUGGAGUCCAGAGGCACCAAAAUGCAUAGUUACAUGCUCAGAACCAAAUGUUCCUAAUUCAAAAAGAUUUCCAGGAUCUGUGAGUCUAUUUACGUUAAAAUCUGAAGUGUUAUUCCAGUGUAAUGAGGGUUUCUUCAUGAAGGGAUCAAACCUAGCUUCAUGUAAUAUUGACAGCCAGUGGGAGCCUCCGUUACCUGAAUGCCUACGUGCCUGUGGCCCUAUUCCAAGACUUCCAGAAGCGGAAUUAAAACCAAAAUAUGUGGACAAAAACUUAACUGAAAAUGCUACAGUUCAAUAUGAAUGUCGGCCUGGCUAUAAUCGUAUUCCUGGUAGCAAUAACAGUAUAAUCUGCUUGAGCAACUUCUCAUGGUCGACCCCUGGUCAAUUCUGUACAAGGAGAUCAUGUCCCAGUCUGUCAGAAAUAGAAAAUGGAUAUUUUGAAGCUAAAGACUUUUUAUUUGGCACCAGAGCAACCUAUUACUGUAAUAAAGGGUAUAUGAUAGCAAGAAGAAAUUAUAGAGAAUGUACAGCGGAUGGAACAUGGAGUAAUGAAGAUCCAGUAUGUGAAGCUGUAAUUUGUCCUAUGCCUGUCAGCAUACCCUAUAGAGCAUAUAUGCCAGUAAAGAAUAAAUACAGCUAUCAGGAGAAUGUCACAUACAUAUGCAGUAAAGAUUGGACACUUCUUGGCACAAGCACUAUAUCGUGUGGAAGUGAUGGAAACUGGAGUUCAGAGGCACCGGAAUGCAUAGAAAGAAGACACAAUAUAGCUGCGAUUGUAGUACCCAUUGUGACUAUAUUGGUUAUCUUCAUCAUCAUCAUGAUGAUUGUGCUAUUUUUGUUGAAGAAGAAAUCAGGUGUAUAUCAUUGCGGCAGUCCUAUUGGUGAUGGUAAAUCUCAAUAUAAGAGCUCUGAAACAUGUCCGCAGACUACAAAUGAGUAUCAAAACUUUUCUAUGAAUUCACCCCCGUAUUCAAGGAAAAUGUCCGGUACAACCAAUGGCCAAUAAAAUAAAGUUGUGGAUUGUAGAAACUUCAGAAGAUGGAAGCUUACAAAUAGUUUUGUAGAUUUCCUGCUUUCUGCACAAAUUUUAAUUGAGUAGCUUCUCUUAUUUAUCAUGAAGUUGCCGUCAUCCAACCAAGAUGUCUCUUGUGACAGUCAGACUGGAUUCACAUGCAGAUCCUUCACCUCAGAAGGGCAACUGUUACUCAGCUUUAGUUCUUAACAUCUAUUUAUAACUAUUUGACUUAUUGAAAACACUAUUGUCCCUAAACUUGAUCUAUGUACUGUUAUUUAAUUGCUAUUUCACCCAGGAGAAAAAGAUAAACAGCUUUUACCACAUUUUGAUGGAGCAAUGUAAAGAAUACAAGAAAUUUUGGGGUCAAUUUAUUAAAGUCUGGCGGACAUAAUACGCUGUAGCUUAUCAUGUCCGCCAGACAUCGCUGAAUGCGGACAGCAUACGCUGUCGGUAUUCAGCAUUGAACAAGUAGUUCUAGUGAACUGCUUGUGCAAUACCGCCCCCUGCAGAUUCGCGGCCAAUCGGCCGCUAGCAAGGGGUGUCAAUCAGCCCGAUCGUAUAGGAUCGCUGUACGCAGCCUCAGAGGCGGUGUAUGAGUUAAGGAGCAGCUUCUUAACUCCUGUUUGCGGCGAGCCUAAAGGCUCACGCGGAAAACAGGGUGAAUUGGCCUAAUUCGGACAAUAAUAAAUUGACCUGGACUUUUUGCUGUUGUGCUUUCAACUUCUACUAUGCGCACUAAAGCAAUUGCAUUAAAAUUUUACUUAGAGCGCACUUAUGGCUUGAGCGAAAAAUUUUGUUAAUUCAUCACUUUUAAUCUGGUCUUAUAUGUGCAACAAAAAAAUCUCUUAUGUCUAGAGACCCCUAAUAACGUUUAUGCGAUCACUGUGGUCACAAUGAACACCUUGCAAGAAUAAGAAGGUACUUUUAUUUUAAAAAGGCUUAGUAACGAAAGAGUUAAAAUGCUUGUAGCCAUUUGACUGUCAAAGGGAAAACCUGAAAAUGUUAAAUAAAUACAGUCAUGGCUGAAAAGUGUCAUUAUGUAGAUUUACCUCAUGCACCCUCGCAGAUUUGGUUAAAGAGACAUUAAACUCAAAAUUUAACCCCCAUGAAAUAAAACAAUAUUGUAUAGUGCUAUAUUUGCUUCAUCACAUGAGGGAGGCUUGAAUGCCUCAGUUAUACUUAAUUAACAUUCUGCACAGUGAUUGGUUAGCACAAGCUAAUUUACAACUGGCCAUAACAAAGGACACCUGAACUGCUCUUCAUUUGCAAAGCAUUGUAAACUGUGAUAAAAAGACAGUGUUUAUUGAUUUUACAAUAUGUAUUUAUAGGAGCAGUGUACUGUAAAAUUGGUUUCCACUUAAUGUGAUUCCAAUGAUUUGAUUGAUGAGAAAUUGCUGAUUUAUGUUUAAUUUUGUAAACAAAAUAGCUUGAUUUGCUAUUUGAAACCACAACCCAUCAAAAUAGGCUAAGCUUGAAAGGUGAUCAGCCAUUUUUAUCUUAGCACUCAAAUGCCUACCUUUCUUAUCUCUGUAUCUAUACAAUACUUGAAACGAACAAUUGAAAAUAAACAUUUUAGAAUUUUAAA